AUGCGAGAAGAAGAACGAGAAGAUGUUACUACUCGCGCUAACGCGCGUGAAUCCCGUGACGACCGACGAGAACUAACCCGGCGAUUUGAUUAUCGCGACGAGCGAUCAGCUGCUCCCAUACGUAUUGAUGAGCGUGAGGAAUGGCGAACAAUCGAUAGAAGUGUUGAUGAGCGUGAAAGACGAGAAGAAGAACGAAGAGAGGCUACUACUCGCGCUGAAGGUCGUGACGACCGACGACAAUUAACCCAGCGGUUUGAUGAUCUCCAAGAAGGAUCAGAUGCCACCAAACCAAUUGAUGAGCGUGAGGAACGGCGAGCAAUCGGCAGAAGUGUUGAGCGAGAAAGACGAGAAGAUGAACAGAGAGAUGCUAUCGCACGCGCUGAAAACCUUGAGGACCGACGAAAUCUAGGUCAACGCUUUUCUGAUCGCGAAGAACGAUCAGUUACUACCAGAAUGUUUGAUGACCAUAAGGAACGACGAACAAUCGACAACAGGAUUGAUGAGCGGGAAAGACGAGACCGCGAGGAGCGAUCAGCAGCUACCAGGCGGAUUGAUGAGCGUAAGGAGCGGCGAGAAAUCGGCAAAAGUGUUGACGAACGAGAGAGACGAGAAUUAAGCCAGCGAUUUUAUGACCGCGGGUAUAUAUCUGUUAGUCCAAGCAGUUUCGAUAAUCGUGUGGAUCGGCUAACAAUUUCCAAUGACGUAAUUCAGCAAGAAUCACGAAGGGAUGAACGACGAGGCGUUAUAUCACGUGCUGAUACCCGUGAGAAGCGACGAGAACCAACUCGGCGGUUAGAUGAGCAUGAGAACCGAAGAUCACAUGUCAGGAGUGUAGCUGAGCGCGAAAGACGAGAAGACGAAGGACAAGAUGCUACCACACGCGCUGAAUUCCGGAAGGUCCGUCGAGAUGUUAUCGCAGAACAAUUUGCUCCUACCAAACGAAUUGGUGAGCGCGAAGAACGACAAACAAUCGAUAGAAGUGUUGAUGAGCCAGAAAGACGAGAUGAUGAACGAAAGUAUGCUAUUGUCGGGACUAACAACCUUAAGGACCGAAGAAAUCUAGGUCAGCACUUUGCUGAUCGCGAAGAAAGAUCAAUUACUUCCAGGCGGUUCGAUGAGCGUGAGCAGCGACGAGCAAUCGACGAAAGAAUUGGUGAGCGAGAAAGACGAUAUGAAGUGAGAAGAGACGCUAUUACUCUCCUUGAAGGUCGCGAGGAUCGACGAGAAUUAACCCAGCGAUUUGAUCGUCGCGAGGAACGAUCAGCUGCUACCAGACGAAUUGAUGACCGUGAGGAACGGCAAGAAAUUGGCAAAAGGGUUGUUGAGCAAGAAAGACGAGAAGAUGAAAGACGAUUUGCUAUUGCAAGCGUUGACGCCCGACGAGAAUCAACUCAGCGAUUUAAUGACCGUGUGGAUCUAUCUUUUAGUCCAAAAAGUUUCGAUAAUCGUGAGGACCGGCUAACAAUUGCCAAUGACGUAAUUGAGCGAGAAUCACGAAGGGAUGAACGACGAGGCGUUAUAGCACGUGCUGAUACCCGUGAGAAGCGACGAGAACCAACUCGGCGGUUAGAUGAGUAUGAGAACCGAAGAUCACUUAUCAGCAGUGUUGCUGAGCGCGAAAGACGAGAAGACGAAGGACAAGAUGCUACCACACGCGCUGAAUUCCGGAAGGACCGUCGAGAUGUUAUCGCAGAACAAUUUGCUCCUUCUAAACGAAUUGGUGAGCGCGAGGAACGACAAACAAUCGAUAGAAGUGUUGAUGAGCCAGAAAGACGAGGAGAUGAACGAAAGUAUGCUAUUGUCGGCACUAACAACCUUAAUGAUCGAAGAAAUCUAGGUCUGCGCUUUGCUGAUCGCGAAGAACGAUCAAUUAUUUACAGGCGGUUCGAUGAGCGUGAGCAACGACGAGUAUUCGACAGGAGUGUUUCUGAGCAGGAAAUGCGAAAAGAAGGACGAAGAGAUGCUACUACUCGCGCUGAAGAUCGUGAGGACCGACGAGAAUUAACCCAGCGAUUGGAUGAUCGCGAGGAACGAUCAGCUGCGGCCAGGCGGAGUGAUGAGCGUGAGGAACGGCGAGCGAUCGGCAGAGGUGUGGAUGAGCGAGAAAGACGGGAAGAUGAUCGUCGAUAUGCUAUUACACGCGAUGACGCCCGACGAGAAUUAACCCAGCGGUUUGAUUACAGCGAGGAUCUAUCUCUUAGUCCAAGGAGUUUAGAUAAUCGUGAAGACCGGCAAACAAUUUCCAGUGACGUAAUUGAGCGAGAAUCACGAAGAGACGAACAACGAGGCCCUGUAGUACGUGCUGAUAAUCGCGAGAACCGACGAGAACAAACUCGGCGAUUAAAUGAGCGUGAGGACCGAGGACUACAUGUCAGGAGUGUUGCUGAGCGCGAAAGACAAGAUGCUACAAGACGCGCUGAAUACCGAGAGGACCAUCGAAAUGUUAUCGCAGAACAAUUUGCUGCUAGCGGGCGGUUUUAUGAGCGUGAGGAACGACGAUCAAUCGAUAAAAGUUUUGAUGAGAGGAAAAGACGAGAAGAUGACCGACGAGAUGCUGUCACUCGCGUUGGAACCCUUGGAUACCGGCGAGAGCUAGGCCAGAAAUUUGAUGAUCGCGAAGAACGACAAACAAUCGAUAGUAACAUUAAUGAGCCAGAAAGACGAGAAAUAGCUCGUAGGAUUGAUGAUCGCGUAAAAUAUGGUGUGGGUACAAAGCAUUUCGAUGAGAGUGGGGAACGACGAGAAAUUGCCAGUAGUGCUAAUGAGUGGCAAAGACGAGAAGGCGAUAUAUCUGCUUCUCAGAGGCAUAAUGAACGCGAAAAUCGUUUCGCCGCUAACAGGCUUUCCGGGGAUCGUGAGGAACGGGAAGUUACAAGGCUUGUUGACAAGCGCGACGCUUCAUCGCGCGUUGCUGACAUGAAGGGAAACGCGAACGAUCGCGCCACCGUCAACAGUUGGUCUACGCCAGUGCCACUGUCGCUACGGGCCAACGGGCAUGAAACUUAUCAUUGCUAUGUUACCAUCGUUAAAACAUUGGAAUUGUUAAGUGUGUUUUUGGUGGGAAACGAUAUUCGCUCAACGAUUUUGUAUCUCGAUAUGGUUUUGGAAUUCGCGUAA